AUGCGACUCAGGCUCUGGAGGAACUUCAACAUCUGCUGUCUUGCAAUCUGGCAGAAGCAGAAGGAUUUGACUCGGGCUUCGAUGAAGGCGAACAUUCCUCUUCCCGACCCAUGUCUGGACAUUCCACAAAUAGAAACAUUUGGUGAGGAGCUGAUUGCUAUCUGUGGCAGGAUAGAAAGGCAUGGACUAGUGGACUAUGGGGUCGGGGUCUGGGAAGAAGAGAUUCUCUCCAUCCUUCAUCAGUGUUGGUCAUUAAGUCAGACGCUUUCGACACAGUUGCGGAUGCUCGACCAGUUAGCCGAUCGAGAUGGCCAGAUGAGUCAGUCAAUUUGUGCUGGCCAACGACAAUAG